AUGGCCAACAAGCAGCUCAAAACGUUUUCAAGAGAAGAAGUCGCCAAGCAUACCGUAGAGGGAGACUUGUGGAUAAUCAUUGAUGCGAAGGUAUACGAUAUCUCGAGGUUCAAAAAUCUCCAUCCUGGAGGCGCCUCGGUGUUCUUCGAUCCCGAAGUUGCUGGUCAGGAUGCCACAGAGGCCUUCUUUGGGCUGCACAGAUAUGAAGUUCUCGAGAAGCCGCAGUAUCAGCGACUGAUAAUCGGUACUAUUGAAGGCGAAGAAAGUAUCUACCAUGGACGGGUAGCCGGAGAGCUCAGCACUGUUCCCUACGCCGAGCCCACAUGGUUAACGGAGGGUUACCAUUCCCCGUACUUCAGCAAGAAUCACAGAGAGUUCCAGAAAGUUGUUCGUAGAUUUUUCGACCAGUAUGUCUGGGAAGAUGCCCAGGCGAGGGAGGAGGACGGAAAACGACCCUCUCAGGCUGUUUUGGACAAGAUGGCGGAGGUCAAUCUACAUGCCAUGCGCAUGGGACCGGGGAAACACUUGAAGGGCCUGAAGCUCAUGGACGGUCUGGUCCAGCCAGAGGAGUUUGACUACUUCCAUGAGCUUAUCAUCACCCAGGAGCUCGCCCGCUGUGGGGCUAGAGGAUAUGGCGAUGGCAUCCUUGGAGGCAAAGUCAUUGGUCUUCCACCGAUUCUCAACUUCGGCAGUGAUAAGCUUAAGGCUGAAGUCAUUCCUGACGUAUUAGCUGGGAAGAAGUUCAUAUGCCUUGCCAUCUCUGAGGCACAAGCAGGCAGCGACGUAAUGGGGUUGCGCACUACUGCCGUCCUUAGCGAAGAUGGCAAGGAGUGGAUUGUGAAUGGUAACAAGAAAUGGAUCACUAACGGUACUUUCGCGGACUAUUUCACCACCGGUGUUCGGACAGAGGAUGGUCUGACGGUCCUUUUGAUCCCGCGCGGUCCGGGCGUGGAGACCAAGCAGAUCAAGACCAGUUACUCGACGACGGCCGGAACUGCGUACAUCACCUUUGACAAUGUCCGAGUUCCAGUGGAGAACACACUUGGUGAAGUCGGCGGUGGCAUAUUCGUCAUCUUGUCCAACUUUAAUCAUGAACGCUGGGUGAUGUGCUGUUCAUCAGCCCGUAGUCAACGCAGCAUUGUCGAGGAAUGCCUCAAAUGGACAUCUCAACGGAAGGCAUUCGGCAAGCCGUUGAAUUCUCAAGCAGUGAUCAGGAGUAAACUUGCGGCCAUGAUCCAACGAACGGAAAGUGUUCAGCAUUGGCUAGAAAGUAUAACAUAUCAGAUGUGUAACAUGUCGUAUAAGCAACAAGCUAGCAAGCUCGCCGGGCAAAUUGCUUUCCUGAAAAGUUACUCUACAGCAUGUGGGCAGGAAACAGCUCGAGAUGCGGUCCAAAUAUUCGGUGGCCGCGGGAUUACAAGGACUGGCAUGGGGCGGUUCAUCGAGCAUUAUCACCGCACCAUCGCCUUUGAUGCCCUGCUUGGUGGAGCUGAAGAUGUUCUUCGAGAUCUGGGGGUCAGACAGGCGCUACGCGGAAUGCCUGAAGACGCGAGGCUUUGA